AACGACAAACGUGUAUUAUCUGUAAAGGAGGACAGCUCAAAAGUAAAGAAUUAAUAAGCUUAAACAACAACGCCAAAUGCCAAUGGAAUUGGAUUUGCAACCAACACUGAGUUCCCAUCUUCUUCCAUGGCGGCAGCAUUAGCAGCAGCAAAAUCAAGUCCUAUUUCAGAAAUGGUGAUUAUAUAUCUCCUCGUUCUCUUUCUGCUGCAUUCCUUCCCUUCUGCUUCUGCGUUAUCUUCUACAUCUCGCGCUCUUCUUCAAGCUCAGCAAGGAUGCCCGGUCAAUUUUGAGAACUUGAACUACACAAUCAUCACCAGCAGAUGCAAAGGACCCAGAUAUCCUCCCAAAAUCUGCUGUGAAGCUUUCAAGGAUUUAGCAUGCCCUUAUGCUGUUCAAUUGAACGAUCAAACCAACAAUUGUGCCACCACCAUGUUCAGUUAUAUCAACCUCAACGGCCAUUAUCCCCCAGGUCUUUUCGCCAAUGAGUGUCGUGACAGUAAACGUGGUCUCGAGUGUACCGAGGCUCAGUCCGCUGUCAUUCCUGCUCCCACUCCCUCUGCUGCUCCAGCUCCAAUUGUAGCUCAACUCUGCCUCUUUUCUUUCGCUCUUUUGUUUCUCUGCGGCAUAUCCCUUUUCUGAGAUCUGUAAAUCUUUGUUGUAAGAACGAUCUUAUUAAUUCUAUGAUUCAUAUUAUUUCAUAAA